ACUGAGAGAAAUGCCUUUAGUCAUCCACUUUGAGCAUUCUGAACAUUGAACAUGGAAUGUUCAAAUCCAUACUUUAUUAUUUUUUAUAAAUAAGUUAGAAACGAUCUUCGUUUUAUUUUUUCAUUUUGCUUUUCUUACUACAUUAGUAUAACCACUGAAUCGCUGAUUCCACACGCUGACGCACGUGUGCAGGUCAGAAGGAUAAAAUUUGAUACUCUGAAAUCACACAUCGACGAUCCUCUGUUGACCGGAAGAUAAUCGUUUUAUUUACAAACGAUCUUCGGCAGUGACGUCGCGGCAGGCUGGAGCGGGCGGAGCGGACUGGCGCCGGGAGAUUCGAGCUCUGAAGGCGGGUCUGCCUGACUGCAUUAACCGCUGUGAGAAGAAGUAGUAACUCGUCAACACAGCAGCUGGACCCUCUAGAUUUGCUUCUUCGACUUGCUUCUGCCAUGUUGCUAACUACUGUGGAAGUUGAGACCGGGAUCGGCAGCUGUUAAACCCUCACAGGUGGCCCCCAGAGACAAAGCACAUACAAACUCCAAAAAGCACGUGCAAACUCCAAAACACAACGGAAGUGCUCCAGAACGCUAGGGACAGUGUUGAGCUCGAUUUGUAAAAUAAAGUGCAAGUUUGUUGCAAACGCUUGGAGUUGGAUACCGGCAGAAAACACCUGCAAGAAUAGAACAACCACGCUUUAUAAGAAAGAUGGAGGCCAUGGAGGUAGACUCUCCUGUGGAGCUGCAGGGGAUUGGGCAGCCAGAGGGUGGCGUUGCAGCUCCUGCAGGCGAUGCUGAGAAUGCCAACGCUGCUCUCGUCAUGUCCGACUCUGGCAGCAGCACUGAAGUAGAUGAUGAUGAUGAUGAUGAUGGCAGCGCCGAGGGACAGGCGGCAGCUUAUACUCCUCCAAGACUUCCUGCCACUUGGGCGUUUAGUCAGAGGGCGGUGGGCGGGGCUACAUCUACGCCGCCAAUACGAAGGAGAGUCAGGCAGGGCCUCAGGGUGCACUAUCCGAGCCAGACUGCAGCGCCUUCUAGAGGCUUUCCAGACUUCCUGCUGCGAGCGCCGGCUGCCAGCACAGCAGAGCCAGAGUCGGGCAGCGCCACUGAGAUAAGUGAGUCUGAGGAUGAGGCAGAGGGUGAAGAAGAGAGCACGGCUGCUGCUGCAGAGCCCAUCGACCCUGUGCCACCUGCUGGGUCUGACCUCAGCGCCACUGUCCAACCUGCUCAACCACAGGAAGCCGCUACGACCAACUCCAGUGGCACGGCAGAAGCCGAGAGGGCAGAAGCUCAAGUCCAGGGUGUUCAGGUGUCCUCAGCAGUUCUGUCUCCCAGUGAUGAGAAUGAAGGUGACACCUGCACCAUCUGCUUCGAAGCGUGGACGACGGCCGGCGAGCACAGACUCGCCGCUCUGCGGUGUGGUCACCUCUUCGGUUACACCUGUAUCCAGCGCUGGCUGAAAGCUCAGAGCCCUUCUGCUAAAUGUCCGCAGUGCAACAAGAAAGCAAAGCGUUCCGACAUCGUGCUCCUGUAUGCUCCAAAACUGAGAGCGCUUGACAACACGGAGCAAGAGAGCUUAAAGAAGUCUCUGGAGCAGGAGCAGUCGCUGAGGAGGAAGGCUGAACUGGAGUCGGCUCAGUACAAAAUCAAACUGCAGGUCGUCACCAACAAAUACGGACAAGCACAGCAGGAGCUGCAGGAGCUGAGAGCCCUCAUAACCGAGACGAGCAGGAACCUCUUUUCUUCCACGUCCUCGUCCUCCUCCCAUGUCCUGAGCCUGUCUCAGAGGGCGGACGGCUCCAGGUCAGCUCAGUACAGCUUCUCCAAAGCGGUGCUGGUGUCUCAGGCCGGAGGCUGCAGGGUUUUAUCGUACUGUGAACCUUUGAGCUGCCUGCUGGCCUCUCAGCCGUCGCCUCACACCACGCUGGUGCCCGGGUGCGGGGUAAAGAAGGUCAGUGUGGUGAACAUGAGGGCGAGUCAGUACGUUCCCAUCCACAGCAAACAGAUCCGAGGUCUGUCCUUCAACAGGCAGAAUGACAGCCUGCUGCUGUCUGCUGCAUUGGACAACACUAUCAAACUGACCAGCCUGCUGACCAACACAGUGGUUCAGACCUAUAAUGCGGGUAAACCAGUGUGGAGCUGCUGCUGGUGUUUGGACAACAGUAACUACAUUUACGCCGGCCUGAGCAACGGCUCUGUGCUCAUCUACGACACGAGAGACACCAGCACGCACGUGCAGGAGCUCGUGCCGCUGCGCUCCAGAUGUCCGGUGGCAUCUCUGUGUUACGUCCCGAGGGCAGCGUCCAGCUCGUUCCCAUGUGGGGGGCUCCUUGCUGGCUCUCUAGAGGGCGGGUGUUUCUGGGAGCAGGUGAACGAGGCCACCUACAGGCCCCACGUCCUGCCCCUGGAGACCUCUGGCUGCACCGACAUCCAGGUGGAGACGGACAGUCGACACUGUCUCGUCACUUAUAGGCCCGGACGCUCCAAUCCGUCUCUGCGCUGUGUCCUCAUGGCGCUGACUCGAACCCCUCAGCAGGAGUCGAGUGAGCUGCCCAGCUGUUCCUGCGAGCCGGUGCAGACGUUCAAUGCCGGCUCGUCCUGCAAACUGCUCACCAAGAACGCCGUCUUCAGGAGUCCGGACGGAGGCGGGACGCUGGUCUGCGCCGGGGACGAGGCCUCCAACUCCACUAUGGUGUGGGACGCCAGCAGCGGCGGUCUGCGCCAGAAGCUUCCGGCCGACCUCCCAGUGCUGGACAUCAGCCCGUUUUCUGUGAACGGCGAGCACUUUUUGGCAUCGCUUACGGAGAAAAUGCUGAAGCUCUACAAGUGGGAGUGAAGUGGGAGGAGUGGGUGAACGCGACAAGAGCAGAAAACCAAGAGACAAACCUCAGUCCCACGAGGAAAGGACGCCAUCUGUGAGGAACUGUGGGAAAUGUAAUGCUGCUAAACUUUUACCUGUGCGUUUACACCGCUGAACAGGUUACCGCGAGUGAUCGGACUGAGGAAGCGUUUCACACUCAUCGCUUCUUCUUUUUGGAGUGAUUCAAAUUACGCAGGCAGAUCAUUUCUGCUCACCGUAUGAGUGUGAUUUCAGGAGCCAAAGAUCAGAUUAAUAAUGUCUGUGUGUGAAAGAAAACAUGAAUGUAGCCCAAACUCGUCUAUCUUUGUCAUGAAAGUGAGUUCGGUUAGUUCAAGCAGGACUUUCCAACACCUGAUGCUAAAUUUAUCAGAUUUUCAGAGUUUCCCCAAAAAUUCAACAUAAGCCCCCCUUUUCUUUUCUUUUUUUGUCCGCCUUUUAAAAAUUUCAGGUUUUCAUUUCUGUCAAACUCUGUCCAUCUCUGUGGCUCGUUAUCGGAGUCAGAUUUUAUUUAGCCCUCUGACACGGAUCACAAAGUGCCAAAGUAAUCUGCUGUCGUUUAAAAGUUUACUUUCUUUGUCUUUUUAAAGGAAGUUGUAUAUAUGUAUAUUUGCCACCAGUUGUUUGUGUACGCCUUCAAAAGUUAAUAAUAAAAAUGUGUUAUUUUUAAAUGAAGUCAAAAUGUUGGAUUUAAACUGCUGUGUAAUUAUUUAUAUUUUUUAACGUGUGUUCAUAUGUAGUAUUUUUAUUUUUUUCCCCCAAAUAAUCUCAAGGGAUUAUCAACUGUAGGAAAAAUUUCUUCUCCAUUGGAUUAUCAGAGAACAGAUCAGCUAAAAUUAUGAUCUAGACUGAUUUAUGCUGAGGAUCAAAGAUGGAUGCUGAACAGAAACUAGAUUUAGUUUCAGAUUGUGAGACUGUAAAAUUGACCGGGAACAACCCUGUGAAUAGAUGUUGGUAGUUUCUACUGUUUCCCUGCUCUUUGACAUUUGGUCUCUCAGCGUGACUAUGGCGCUUACGAUGGAGACUGACCACCAGAUCAGUUGUUAGAGCCUCCUACAUGAGAUUAAUGUGCUGACUAGAACUCUGUGGCCUGUCACUGUGGGAUGGUUCAGUCUAGAAACUUUCAGUUUUUCUGCCAGCUGAGCAAAUCAGCUAGAUGCUGCCUUCAUGGACUGCUCGUACAUCUUAACUUCUUAAAAGCUUUUUGUUGGAAAUUAAAAAAAAAAAAACUGACAAACGCUCCUCUUUUAAGGGAUUUUUCUUUCUGUUUUUUUAUUGUUUAAAAAAAAAUUGGCCACUUCAAAACUGUGACAAUAUACAUAAUUUGUCAGUUUUGAACCAAAAGUCUUGCAAACUGUAAAAAACUGACUACAUAUAACCAGUGUUGGGACUAACCAUUAUUAAGUAAUGUGUUACAGUAACUACGUUAUUAUUGUGGUAACGAGCACGGUAACUAGUUAUUAUGCCAAAAUUAGGAACGCGUUAGUUGUUACUGGGAUUACCGCGAUAGUCACCACACGACUAUCGUGGAGCUUCC